AAUCUCUUGAAUAUUCCAAUGAUACAUUGAAAUCAUCUGAAAAAAAAGUUUUGAAACUCGAAAAAAAACUGACUAAAACAAGUGCAGCUUUUGAUACAAUGAAGUAUCAAUACAAUUACUUCAAAGAUCAAAUGAAGGAAUUAUCGGAGCUAAGAGAACAGAUACAAAAAAUGCAAGAAAAAGUGCAGUCCUUGGAAAAAGUUGACCUACUAUUAAAAUCAACUUGCAAAGAAGUGGAUGCAAUGCUUUCUAAUAAUACGAGUGUUGCAGAUUUGGCUAGUUUUGUAUCUACACUCAAGAGCAAACUCACCUCAAGUGAAGAAAAGCAAAACAACUUAAAACUUGGGUAUCAAAAAUUGCAACUAGAAGUUAUUAAAUAUAAAACCCAGUGUAUUCGAUUCAAAGAGAAACUUGAAAUGCAUAGCAACGAUCAAGAAAAAUUCAUUGAUUUACACAGGGAAAAGUCAAAUCUGUUGGAACGUAUUGCAGAAUUAGAAUCCAUAGUUGAACUUAACAAAAGUACACCACCCAAAACUAAGGUACUAAACAACUCAAAUAAAAGUCCGGAUUCUCCAUAUUUACAAGUUCAAUCUAGCAGUUAUGGAAUGAUGCCACUAAGAACUUUAUCAAAUAAUAUCCCCUUAGAAGCAAAGAGGAAACUCGCAACAGAUAAUAAUCAAUAUUCCAUAUUCAAGAAAUCUCGUCUAAAUAAAUGUCAAACUAUGGCAUCUCUUUAUUCCCAAAAUUUAAACAAAAAGUGGAAGGAGUUUUAG